CUCACUUCUUCAAACUCGUCACCCACGCAAACAAAUAAGAAUCCGCUGUUCUGCAUAUUCUUGUCUAACAAUUGCGAUCUCGUUGCGUAUUCUGUUACCGCACUACGCGUGAACCGAGAACCCUGAAGGAAUAGCAAACUUUGUAAACAACUCAUCAACAAACGCCCUUCCUGUUCUGCCCACGAUCCUACAUCUCCCCCAAUUUCGCUGCUCGUAACAUUCUUCGACUGCCCAAAGUACGAGACGCCAUGUCGUACAACGACGACGCUGUUCUGGCCAAGCUGUCGGCCCUCAAUGAGACGCAGGAGAGCAUUGUGAGUUGGCCUUUGCCCACCCGCCGGUUGCUUGCUUGCUGGCCAAUUCCGUUCCCAAUACUAAACUUUCCCCAGGUCACCGUCGCCCAAUGGGUUAUGUUCCACAGGAGACACGCAGAUCGAACUGGCCAGCUGUGGCUGCAGCGCUUGAAGGAUUCUGGGAGCAAUAAGAGGUUGAAUUUGAUCUAUCUGGCAAACGAAGUUGCUCAGCAGUCCAAAGCCCGUCGCAAGGAUGACUUCCUCGUCGCAUUCUCGCCCGUCAUCGCCGAAGCGACAGCAUGUGCAUACAGAGGGGCUACCAAUGAGGUACAGCAGAAGCUUCGCAGAGUGGUGGAAGUUUGGAGGGCAAGACAAAUUUUCGAGCUCCCAAUUCAGGAAGCCAUUGAGACAAGAAUCGACGAUCUUGACAAGACCCGAUCAAACAAUGCAAGGACAGGCGGAUCCAUCUUUGCAAGCAGCGCAAGCGCCGUGCCCAACGAACUUGUUCCCCUCGUUACUCCUCAACAAACAAUAUCAAAGCUUGUACUUUCGACCAAGACAUCAGUCAAUGCUGCGAAUCAAGACUAUGCCAAAUUGACAGACCCAAAUACCGUCACACCUUCACCACCUGUCCACGCCGCACGCCUGAACGGUCUGCUAAAGACACUCGCCAAUGCCGAAGGCGCCGUAGCAGAGAGCAUCAAAGCUCGCCAGCUACUCAUAGAGGGAUUGGAGAAGAUUCUGGAUACAAACCGAUCAGUGCUGGCAACUGAAGAGGCGCAGCUGAGCGAAAUAUCAAGUCGGAGAACUGAAAUCGAUAACAAGAAGCGGGAUGUAGAAGAGAGCAUUAUGCGUGGCUUCAGCAACAGCAACCCCGCAACACCAGUCGGCGAUGGCUCUCCAGGAACUCAACACUCCCCUCUCACACCCGGACAAUCCGGAUCCGUUGAGCCCGACCGUCCAGAAGUCGAAGCUUUGACACCCCCAGGAUACCCACAGCCUCCAGCUGUAGAGCCCAUCCCCGAAUACGACCUCAACCAAAACCAUAACCACAACGGCCAUGCUAACCAAGGCAUGCACACCAAUGGCCAUGGCAACCACAACCUCUACCAGCAAGACUACACGGCUCAUUCGCCUACCGGUGCUCCCGGUCUGGAUCUGCUGAGUAGUUUAAGCACAACGUAUGCAAGGCCGGCAAGUAGUGGUAGUGCGAAGAAAAGAAAGCUGAAUGAUGAUGAGUUUCCUGAUCUGGGUGGCGAGGAUGCUAUGGAUGGGCUGGAUGAAGAUGUUGUGGGUAUUUUGAACAAGGGGCUUUAG